AAUGAUCCCGUCAGAUUGCUGUUUAUUAAUGCAUCAUGAGAUCUGUGUGCACCUGUUUCACUUUUGUUUAAAAGUAGAGAGCAGUGUUACAGCAAGUGAACCAGGGUGUCAGCAUUGUGGGAGGGGACGUAACACAGUGAGGAAAGCUUCAGAAACAAUUUCCUCAACACAGACAAGAACAUAAUUCCCUUACCUAUGAGCCAGGUAGUUUGCAAGAGAGACUGAGAAGGAUAUGCAUGAAGUCUGGGACCUGAGUAUGCCAGAUUGGGCAUGCUUACUCCUGAUAGAUAAAAUAAUCGAUUGAUAUACGAGUGUCUUAGAUCACUUUGAGAGGCAGUUCUGGCACCGGAGAAUGUAGAAAAAUGUUUUACAAGGACAGCGUGAAGCGGACAAAAUCUGGAGCAAAGAAGGAUUUUAUGCUGUUGUCAUUUUUCUCAGCAUCUUUGUUAUUAUAGUAACAUGUUUGAUGAUUCUCUACAGAUUAAAAGAAAAGUUUCAGCUUUCCUUGAGACAAGAUAAAGAGAAAAAUCAGGAGAUCCACUUAUCACCCAUUGCGUUACAGCCCACACAGUCCGAGGCAAAGACAGUGAACAGCAUGGUCCAGCCUGAGCAGGCUCCAAGGGUGCUGAAUGUUGUCGUGGACCCUCAAGGCCGAUGCACUCCUGAGAUCAAAGCUGCCACCUCUGCAUGUCCUUCCCCUUUCAAGAUGAAGCCCAUAGGCCUUCAGGAGAGGCGAGGUUCCAAUGUGUCCCUUACAUUGGACAUGAGUAGCUUGGGGAAUGUUGAACCCUUUGUGGCUAUACCAACCCCACGGGAGAAGGUAGCAAUGGAGUAUCUGCAGUCAGCCAGCCGAAUUCUCACAAGGUCACAGCUGAGAGACGUCGUGGCAAGUUCACAUUUACUCCAGAGCGAAUUCAUGGAAAUACCGAUGAACUUUGUGGAUCCCAAAGAAAUUGACAUUCCAAGGCAUGGAACUAAAAAUCGCUAUAAGACUAUUUUGCCAAAUCCCCUCAGCCGAGUGUGUUUAAGACCAAAAAAUGUAACUGAUUCUUUGAGCACCUACAUUAAUGCUAAUUAUAUUAGGGGCUACAGUGGUGAGGAGAAAGCAUUCAUUGCUACUCAGGGCCCCAUGAUCAACACCGUGAAUGAUUUCUGGCAGAUGGUUUGGCAGGAAGACAGCCCUGUGAUUGUUAUGAUUACAAAACUCAAAGAAAAAAACGAGAAAUGUGUGCUAUACUGGCCUGAAAAGAGAGGAAUAUAUGGGAAAGUUGAGGUUCUUGUUAUCAGUGUGAAAGAAUGUGAUAACUAUACAGUUCGAAACUUGGUCUUAAAGCAAGGAAGUCACACCCAGCAUGUGAAGCAUUACUGGUACACCUCAUGGCCUGAUCACAAGACUCCUGACAGCGCGCAGCCUCUUCUACAGCUCAUGCUGGAUGUAGAAGAAGACAGACUUGCUUCUGUGGGCCGAGGGCCUGUGGUUGUCCACUGCAGUGCGGGGAUAGGUAGAACCGGAUGUUUUAUUGCUACAUCCAUUGGCUGUCGACAGUUGAAAGAAGAAGGAGUUGUUGAUACACUAAGCAUCGUCUGCCAGCUUCGUGUAGACAGGGAUCUAAAAGAAAGAAUGCACGUACCAUCAAUUUCUGAGGCUAAUAUGGUGCCUCAAAAAUAUUCUUUUCUUAAAAUUUCUACCUAUUGGUAUAAUUUUUACCAGCCCUCACCUGACAUUUAUCCGUAUCUCUCUGCAUUCCCAAACAAUCACAAAGACCCCCUAAUUAAUGAAUUUCAAAGAUCUCAUUUGAAGAUUAAGAAUUCAACAUUUUGCUUUACUUAUUUUGAAGACAUUAGUAGAUAAAGCCCUAGAAACUGGUAUGGAUUUGCUUGAUGUUACAGUUCCUGAGAUCGUAAGAGGUCCUCUUCAUAAAAGAGAUUGUACCAACUGAAUUUCCUGUGAGGUUGCCAAACAACCUUUUCUUUCUCAGCUUUCCUUCUUCUCAGCUUAGAGUUAAUUGAGUGUUAACCUGGGCAUUCAGAAGAAAACUGGCUAAUUAAAAAAAAAAAAAAUGGACCUCAGGAUAUGCUAGGGUUGUCACCGAAUUACAUUUCAUCUAUGCUGGUUUUUAUGCCCUAUAAUCCUUUGGGACACAUCUAUUUCAGAGAAAGUGUCUGUGUUCUGAAUGUUGCUGUUACGCUACCAUCGAGUUGACUCCGACUGAUGGCAACCUUACGUGCUACAGAACAAAACAUUGCCUGGUCCUGCAUCAUCAUCACAAUCACCAGCAUGUUCCAGGCCAUCAUUUAGACUAUUGUGCCAAUCCAUCUCACUGAAGGUCUCUUAUGCCCUCAUUGGCCCUAUACUUCACCAAACAUGAUGUCCUCCUCUAGCAAUUGUUGCCUCUUAAUGGCAUGUCCAAAGUAAGCAAGUUAGUAUUCUGUCAUGAUCCAUAAGGUUUUCAUUGGCUAAUUUUAAACUCUGGUGGCAUAAUGAUUAAGUGCUACAGCUGCGAACCAAAGGGUCUGCAGUUUGAAUCUGCCAGGUGCUCCUUGGAAACUCUGUGGGGUAGUUCUACUCUGUCCUAUAGGGUCGCUAUGAGUCAGAAUCAACUUGAAGGCACUGGGUGGGUUUUUUGGGAAUUUUUAGAAAUAAGUCACUGGGCCUUUCUUCCUUGUUUUAGUCUGAAAACUCCACUGAAACCUGUCCACUGUGGGUGACCCUACUGGUAUUUGAAAUACCGGUGCCUGAGCUUCCAGUAUGGUAUAUAACACACAAGCCACCACAGUACAAGGAACUGACAGGUGGAUGUUCUAAAUACCAAGUUAGAAUUAGUCAAAAUAUUUAUGUCCAAUUCUGCCUCACUGAUCUGACAUCUGUGUAAAGAUAUGGGGAAAGCCUUUGUAGGAGGGACCCAGACACAUAUCACAGCUGGACCCAAAUUAUAGAAACAGACAUUAGUCACACUCAACUCAUGCCCAAACUCUCGGCACUUUACCCAUGAGGCCUAUUAACGUCCACACUUUUGUUCUAAAUUUACUGCACCAAACUUUACCAGAAGAAUUCCAGAUUUGAAAAUAAUAAAAAGCAAAGGAGCUUAAGUUCCAUUGUUAGACCAGAAGUGAGUCACUGCUGCAGAAUUUCUUCUGUCUACUGAUUAGGCCGGAUACACACUGGGCGGUGCGGCAGGAAAGGCUGUUGCUCUCUGUUUGUGUGAGUUAAUAGUCACAAAAGGUCACAAUUUUAACAUGUUAACAACCAAAUCUGUCUCUUGGGCACCUGGAGGGGUUUUUUCUACAUACUCUUCCAGAAGCAAAGGGAAAAGCUACAUUUUUUUUUUUUUUUUUUUGCCUUCCUAACCUGAGUUUACCCCCAGUUGACAUAGCUACGUGCUUCCCUGCAUGGAGAUUGAGACUACCCUGAUUUUUGUGUCUGGCAGGGCUAAAGGGAUAUGAGCUAUCUGACAUUUCUGGAAGGGUAGCAUCUCUGAAUCCUCUCUGGCCUAGCCAAACCCAGUGUUCAUAUUCUGUAGCCAUGUAGCCACUUUUACAAAAAAAAGAAAAAAAAAACUUUCUUCCAGAUUAUGAAAUGGAGCAUAAUCAGGGUGACCAAAUAAUUUAUCAUCUAAACCAAGACAUUUCUGAGGGUGAAAGGCAGCCCUUUUAAUUACACCAGGGCAGCAGGUCUGUUCUAAGCAAACCACAAUGCAUGAUCACCAUAGGCAGUGUUAACUAAGCAGUUAGCAAAAGGAUAAGAAAAAGAAUAUGCAGCAUUUAUUUAGUACUCACUGGAGUCUCUGGGUGUUGCAAACAGUUAAGCACUCAGCUACUAACUGAAAGGUUGGCUGUUCAAACCCUCCACCCAGAGGAUUCUCAGAAGAAAGUCCUGAUGAUUUCUUUCCAAAAGGCCACAGCCAUGAAAACCCUGUUCUGUUGUGCAUGGAUGGGGUCACCAUGAGUCAGGAGCCAACUCAGUGGCAGCUAACGGCAGCAACAAAGAUCAACAGAGUCUUCUAUAUAUCCGUAUAGGCAACUGGAAGUUUAUUGAAUAUUUUCAAAGAUGAGAGUGAAGAAUCAUCCCUGAAUUGGAACCAGCCUCCACUGAAUGCAUCUAGGAUGCCCUUUGUCUUCUUUUAGCUCAGCAUUUAUGUGUUUUCACAUGAUGCAAAAAAUAGGAUAGUCUGGGUAACAUACUUGACAAGUAUUUACCUAGGACUACUAAAUGCUUUUUAUUGCUGCAAAUAUGAGAAGACAGAGACAUUAUGCCUGCCUCAGAGAACCUAC